GCCCAAAGUAUUCAAAAAAAUAAAAAAAAACCCUACUAAAAAUCUCUCUAAUUUCCCCCCCUUUUUAAAUGGGUUCAGAAAUAGUUGAUUUUUCCGGUGACAAAGCAGCAAAUGACAGAAAUGCCCUUAAGCUAGUACCAACAAAGAAACUUACCUCUAACAAAGACAGGCACACAAAGGUAAAUGGACGAGGUAGGCGCGUGAGGCUACCUACAUUAUGUGCGGCGCGUGUGUUUCAACUCACAAAAGAAUUAGGUCACAAAACUGACGGCGAAACUAUCGAGUGGUUACUACGCAACGCUGAACCGGCGAUAAUUGCUUCAACCGGAACCGGUACUGUUCCGGCUUGCCACGUCACCACUACGCCGGCGAUGACGAGCAUUCAAUCGCAACCGUCGGUUUUGGCUCCGUUAAGUUGUGCUAUGCAAUCGCAACCGUCGGUUUCUGGUUAUCCGGUUUAUGCGCAGCCGAGUUGUAGGCUUGAUUUGGAAUAUUCGGUUCAUAGUUAUAGGAAUAUGCCGUUUACGGCGUUGUUGUUGCAGCCGGUGACGGAGGAUGAUUGUGGUGAGGAGAAAGUUGAUGGAGAAGAUGGGAAACAGUAAUGUUUGGAGGUUUUUUUUGGGACUGAAUGUGUUGGUUUCUAGAAUUUUGUGGGUCUUUUUGGCUGUAUCUAAAAAGAUUGGGAAGGUUUAAAGGAAGGUCUAACUUGUUGGGGUUUUGGAGUAGAUAUGGUAAAGUUUUGGAUUAAAUGUGUCAGUUUCUAGAAUUUUGUGGGUCCUUUUUGGCUGUAUCUGAAAAGAUUGGGAAGGUUUAAAGGAAGGUUCAACUUUUUGGGGGUUCUGGAGUAGAUAAGAUAGAGUUUUGGAUUAAAUGUGUCAGUUUCUAGACUUUGUCGGUCUUUUUUUGCUAUUUCGAAAAGAUUGGGAGGAAUUAGAAGGUCCAACUUUUUGGGUUUAGGGGGAUUUUGGUAAAUUAGGUUAAUGCAGGGGUAAAAUAGGUGAAUUUAGGGGUAAAAUGUUAAUUUUUGAUAUAUAUAUUUCAUUAGUAAGUCUUUUUGUAAAUUAGUUGUGUCCAUGGAAAAGGAAGAUGUUGCAUU